AUGACCAUCGAUGCUGCCGCAAGUGGUGCUCUAAUGAACAAACCAUACCCCGAAGCUUGCGCUCUUAUUGAAGAUAUGGCACAAAACCAUUACCAAUGGGGAACGGAACAAGCAUCGGUCAAUUACGCCCAAGGUGACCCCUAUUCUAACACAUAUAACCCUAGAUGGAGGAAUCACCCAAACGUUUCCUAUAAGAAUAAUAACCCCACUCCGAAUUCUACAUCUCAAAGACCGUCUGAUUUCCAAACCCAAAGACCAAACCAACCAAUGCAAGUUACUUCCCAAAAAACCCCCAAGAAAAAUGUUGUGAUCACACCUGAGAAACAAGUAGAGGAACCAGUAGAACCUGAGAAACAAAAAUAUGAAGAAGUUAAAGAUAAGGAAGGAGAGAAAGAUACUAAAGUUUACGUACCACCCCUUCCUUACAAACCACUAAUCCUAUUUCCGCAAAGACUUAAACAAACAAAAUUAUACAACCAAUAUAAAAAGUUUGUAAAAGUGAUUGAGAAACUCCAUGUCUGGAUUCCAUUCACCGAAGAGAUCACCCAAAUACCAUCUUACGCCAAGUUCCUUAAGGACAUCCUAACCAACAAACGAAGACUUGAUGAUCCUAAACCAUUAGAAUGCAAUUCUAUUGCUGAAAAUAAACUUGCUAAAAGGGAGAAAGACCCGGGAAGUUUUUCUAUACCUUAUGUUUUAGGAAAUUAUGUUAUCGAUAAAGCACUCAUGGACUUAGGAGCCAGCGUGAGCUUAAUGCCUUUAGCCGUUUAUAAUAGGUUAAACCUAGGAGAAAUGCAACCGACUAGAAUGUCCCUUGAAUUAGCCAAUAGAUCCGUUAAGUAUCCAAUAUGA